UACUUAUCUUAUAAGACAAUCUUUUUAUUUUAUAAUGUCGUGGUUAACUAAUAUCUUUCAAGACGGGAAUAUGACACUUUCAAUGGAUAAUUUCCCGAUUCUAUUCGGGUUACUGUACGCGGUUACUGUAGCUCUGUUAAUGUUGCAAAUAGUUGAGGAAAAGGCAAAGGCUCAUUACCAACUAAAAUUAAUGUGCGAGUCUAGUGAGGAAAUGAUUAAAGAGCACCAGAAGGAGAUGAAAAUAGAGAGAAGUAAAAUCAGCAAUCAUUUAAUCAAAAUUCGAAUGCAUCAAAGAGAUUUUGUGGCAAAAAUUGGUGGACUUCAGAGAAAACUGAAAGAGCGAAACGAGGUGAUAAAGGAAUUGAGCCAAAAACUGGAAUCAUUGGAAUUUGCGGAGGAAGAUGCAAAUGAGUUGGUUGAUGAUUUGGUACAAGCCAGAAAGAUUAUUAAAGAGAAAAACGAAAUGAUUGAACUGCUUAAAUUCGAGAUCGAGUUCAACAAAACAAAUUUCCAGAAUGACUUAAAGAGUGCGUUGCAAGGAAGUGAAGAAGAAAAUAAGGAAAAUAAUAAAAUUAAAAGUCUUUUUAAAGUUAAUAAUAUUUAAUUUGUCCAUAUAAUUUUGAAAUAAUUUUUGAUUAACUUAAUAAAGUAUGGCAAGGAAAA